UACUGUCACGGUUCAUGGGUUCACUUACUCGCCCUCGUGUGGUUGUGGUGUGUGUUGCACUGAGUGAGUGAUUGUGUUGGCGUCACCCACCUGUCUGAUUGUGAUGUGCUGCCAGCCGUGUCUUGUUCAGUGUUUGCUAUUUAAUGUGUGUGUCUACAUGGUGUCUUUGUCAGUUCGUUGCAGGCUGUCCCGCUGUCGUGUCUCUGUGUUUCACCUCUUGUUAUCCUGGGGUUCUGGACCUUCGUCUUGUGCCCGCGUCUGGGUUGGAUUAUUCCUUGGCUUCUGAUACCCGUUGCAGCCCUGCGCCACCCGGUUCAUCUGUUUCUACACACCACGGCGUCAGCUCAUCUUUGUGACUGCAACAACUGCCCUUUUUGGAGUGAAGUUAUUGUACAGCGUAUUCUGUCAAUAAAUCCUGUUUUACUUGCACUUGGAUCCUCUCUCUGUGUUCAUUUCCUGACAGAACGAACUGACCAAGAUGGAUCCAGCAAGGUCGUCGGAUCUUCAGGAGUAUUUGAGCAGGAACGCUCAACGGAUGGAUCAGCAGGACGAGCAGGUGAUGGCCACUGCUCGCACCGUGCAAACGUUGGUGGCGCAGGUGGCCGAGCUCUCAACCCAGGUAUUACAUCUUUCAUCUCCCACUGCGCCAGCCCCACCGCCCGUUCCCCACUCAUCAACCAGCACGCCACAAGAGCCUCGUAUUCCUGCACCAGAGAGGAAGCCUGUGGCGCGUCUCGAAGAACUGGAUGCUGCGGGGGUCAGCGGUGAGCACACGGUCGGUCCCCCGUUCGAUCACGAGCCCAUGCAGGUGGGGAGAGCUCGGCUCUCCCGGGAGGAGAGGACACACCGGAAGGAGAAGGGACUGCCCAGUGAAAGGCAAGGUCCGGCAGUAGGACCGAGGUUACUGUCGGGUGGUCUAGCUUUGGAUAAAUCAUCGUCUGCGACGCUCCUCCCAUCUGGAGCAUCACAUCUGCCAGGCCCUGGUCGACUCGGGCGCGGAAGGAAGCAUAAUGGACUUUGAGCUGGCCACUCGGUUGCACAUUCCCAUUCGCCCGUUGGAUCACGCCAUAUCUGUUUUCGCUCUCAACGGACAAAAACUACCCACCAUCACACACGCCACGGACCCCGUCACUGCCAUCAUUUCCGGUAAUCACACUGAACUAUUGUCAUUUUACCUCUCCAGAUCCGCUCAUCAUCCUAUCGUCCUGGGACAUCCGUGGCUGGUGAAGCACAAGCCCAGGAUUGAGUGGGGCCAGGGAUCCGUGGUGGAGUGGAGCCAACACUGUCAUGCGUCUUGUUUGUUGUCUGCUUGUUCGUCUGUGUC